GUUCAGUGACGUCACCCCUGCCUUAAAUAUGCGUAACUUCCGCUAACACUUCCUUUUCAGCGUAGCGCGAGGACCGGGACAAGCUGCUAAGAUGAGUAAAGUUUCCAGGGAUACCUUGUACGAAGCAGUGAAGGAGGUCCUCCAGGGCUCCUUGACUAAGCCCAGGAAGUUUGUGGAGUCUGUGGAGCUGCAGAUCAGCCUUAAAAACUAUGACCCCCAGAAGGACAAGCGUUUCUCCGGCACUGUCAGGCUGAAGACUCUUCCCAGACCAAAGUUCUCUGUGUGCGUUCUGGGAGACCAGCAGCACUGCGAUGAGGCAAAAGCUGCAGACCUUCCCCACAUGGACAUUGAGGCUCUCAAGAAGCUCAACAAGAACAAGAAGCUGGUGAAGAAGCUCGCUAAGAAGUACGACGCCUUCCUUGCUUCAGAGUCUUUGAUCAAGCAGAUCCCUCGUAUCCUGGGCCCUGGACUGAACAAGGCUGGCAAGUUCCCCUCUCUGCUCACCCACAAUGAGAACAUGAACACAAAGGUGGACGAGGUCAAAUCCACCAUCAAGUUUCAGAUGAAGAAGGUGCUCUGUCUUGCCGUGGCUGUUGGACAUGUGAAGAUGACAGAGGAUGAGCUCGUCUACAACAUCCACUUGGCUGUAAACUUCCUUGUGUCUCUGCUGAAGAAAAACUGGCAGAACGUGCGUGCCCUGUACAUCAAGAGCACCAUGGGCAAACCCCAGCGCCUCUAUUAAAUGUUUUUCUAUCAAUAAAAGUGGAGAAGCUCCA